AUGCCUGCUAAUGUGGUGCAUAUAUUAGGUAGGUCUUGGAGCUGUGCUCUUGGCUUUUCGUUGCAGUUGUGUUAUGAUUGGUAUUUUCUUGGUUCCUUGACUGUGCAGGUCGUGGACAAGCUGCAAGGUUCUGGUAAAUCUAAAAGAGAUGGUUGGAGGACUGAGUUGGUCAGGGAAGGAUUAGGAGUUGGAGUUAUAGAGAAUAUGAAAAAUGAGAAAAGAAAUGACGCGAUCUGGCAAGGCAAAUGUUCUGGUACAGUCUAUAUUGGAGGAAGUGAGUCUGAAGGACAUUUCUCUUUGAUAAAUGAGGCAUGUUCAAUGUUUGCACAUACCAAUCCACUGCAUCUGGAUGUGUUCCAGAGUGUUGUAAGGUUUGAAGCUGAAGUAGUUGCAAUGACAGCUGCACUGCUUGGAAGUAAAGAAAAGGCUUAUGGAGGGCAAGUGUGUGGAAACAUGACAUCAGGAGGAACUGAAAGCAUAUUAUUAGCUUUGAAGUCAUCACGUGACUAUAUGAAAUCUAAGAAGGGAAUCACGAGACCCGAAAUGAUAAUACCAGAAUCAGCCCACUCAGCAUAUGAUAAAGCUGCACAAUAUUUCAACAUCAAGUUGUGUCGUGUCCCUGUGACUAGAGAAUUUCAAGCAGAUGUCAAGGCUAUCAAACGACGUAUUAAGAAAAACACCAUAUUGAUUGUUGGAUCCGCACCCGGUUUCCCACAUGGCAUCAUUGACCCAAUUGAGGAGCUUGGCCAGUUAGCUUCUAGUUUUGGAAUUUGUUUCCAUGUUGAUCUUUGUCUUGGUGGCUUUGUGUUGCCUUUUGCUCGUAAACUUGGGUACCCUGUUCCACCUUUUGAUUUUUCUGUUGAAGGUGUAACCUCAAUAUCAGUGGAUGUACAUAAGUAUGGGUUAGCUCCGAAAGGAACAAGUGUAGUUCUAUACAGAAAUCAUGAUAUUCGGAAGCUCUUAUAUGUGUUUUUUGGGUGGCAUCUUUGUUUUUGCGGGAAACUAAACAAUUGCAUGCUGGAUAACUUCUUGGCUUCCGGAAAACAGCAUCAAUUUGUUGCUGUUACUGAGUGGUCUGGUGGACUUUAUGUGUCCCCAACCAUUGCUGGAAGCAGGCCUGGGAGUUUGAUAGCGGGGGCUUGGGCAGCAAUGAUGUCUCUAGGACUAGAAGGUUACUUGGAGAACACACGAGUGAUCAUGGAAGUAUCAAAGAGAAUACAAAAAGGAAUAAAAGAGAUUCCUGAAUUGUUUAUCAUUGGAAGGCCUGACAUGACAAUUGUGGCUUUUGGAUCCGAUGCUGUAGACAUAUUUGAAGUCAAUGACAUAUUGUCAUCUAAAGGCUGGCAUUUGAAUGCAUUGCAGAGACCCAACAGUAUACAUAUCUGUGUGACCCUUCAACAUGGACCAGUUGUAGAGGAAUUCCUGAAGGAUCUGAAGGAUUCCGUACAAACAGUAAAAGAAAAUCCAGGUCCGGUAAGUGGAGGGCUUGCUCCAAUAUAUGGUGCUGCAGGGAAGAUGCCAGACAGAGUUCUGGUUAAGGAUUUGUUGGUAGAUUUCAUGGACAGUACAUGCUAG